AUGAAGUUAAAUGCGACGUUAGAAUUUAAGUCCACAUGUCUGAAUACCGAUAACACAAUUGCUCCUUAUGUGGAUAGCGAAAAAAUGUUGCAGCCCGACCUAAGAGAAGUGUACGUGCUUGAAAAGAAAAGUGAAUUAGUUUGCAGUCAGCAAAUAUGUCCAUUGUGUAUGCACCCAGUAGAAAGUGAGUUUAGGUGCAUACGUGAAGUGGAACUUGAAGCUAUUGAGAAAUUGGCUCCUGAAAUGAAUAUAAAUAUCAUCAAAGAUCCCGUUGUAUGUAAGCCAUGCUUGGAUUCUCUGUGUACUCACAACAGUUUCCUAAAAGAUUGCUUAGAGGUAGAGGAAAAAAUUGAGAGUUGUUUUGUUGUUUCUUCAGCUACAGAAAAUCAAAUGGAUACGUCUUCACUUGAUUUAUUGGUUAAGACUGAAAACUUGGACAGAGAAUUCGAUAGUAACGAGAUGGAAAUGUCCAUCAAAGCUGAAAGUAUCGACAUAAAAUCAGAAGAUGAGGAAAGGAGUACGGCUUUAAAUCAGAUACGGACGUCGGAUAUAAGUAGCUCGAGCUCAAGUACCUCUUAUGAAAACGAAUUUACUGAAGAGGAUUUAAUUAGUAGUGACGAUGAGGAUCUCCUUGUGGAGGAAAGGGAGAGACCAAAAAAUCAAAAUUUUGUCCAGAUUAUUGUUCCACAAUUCAACAAUACAGAAUUCAUCGAACACUUUCGAGUGAGUAGAAUAGUUUCUGAACAGAUUUCGAAUCGCUUUGCAAAUUCGGAGUAUUUUACGUACCAGUCUGGAGGAAAUGGAAAGCUGGAUUCAUAUUAUCACGUGUUGAUUUAUUUAUGGUUUAUAGGACAUCAAACUGCUUCAUUUCGAGAUGUUGCAGACAGAUUCAAUAUAAGCAUUAGCACAUUGCAUAAGAUAAUACGAAAAAUGACACAUUUUCUAAGUAAUUUAUCACAUGAAGUUAUAACAUGGCCAUCAAAUGCUGAGAAAAUAGAGAUAGAACAUUAUUUUCGAACGAAAGGGUUUCCUGGUGUUAUAGGCGCAAUCGAUGGAUCCCAUGUCAAAAUAGACAAACCAACAAAUGACCCCGAUUCUUACUUAAACAGGAAACACUUUUUUUCCAUUCAGUUUCAGGUAGUAUGUGAUCAUCGGAGAAAAAUAAGAGAUAUCUUUGUUGGUUUUCCAGGAUCUGUACAUGACAGCAGGGUAUUUAGGGCAUCACCUCUAUCAGGGAGCCUGCCUGAUAAAUGCGGUCCUUUCUUUAUAAUAGGAGAUAGUGGCUACCCCUGUCUACCUAAUUUAUUAACACCAUUCAAAGAUUUUGGUAAUCUGACAAGAAGGCAACAACAUUAUAACCUAACAUUGUCACAAAAUAGGUAUCUAGUGGAACACUGCAUAGGUAUUUUAAAACAAAAAUUCAGGCAGUUAUACCAUGUUAAAUUGAGAAGUAUACCUGAAAUCACACAUUUCAUCAGAGCAUGCUGCGUUGUACAUAAUUUAUGCUUAGAUGACGAUUUUCCUGAUGAUGCAUUAAAUUUAACAUUCCAAAGGAAUAUAGAAGCUGUGUAUGAGCACGAGAGGGAGAAUGAGGGAAACGAAAAUAGAGAUGACGUGACUGGCAUACAACGAAGAAGGAAUGUUAUGAAUAUGUUACCACUAUAA